AUGUGUUUCUUGUGUACUCGCAUCUGCAACAACCCUCUUGCUCCUACACCCCCACCCCCCGAGAGCCAAGUAGCAUGUGACACCUAUUGUGCCAUGUUCAAAGAAAUUAUACAGUGUGGUGCUGACCACAUCAGAUAUGAGAAAGCGAACCAACAUAAGAAGUUCACCGAAGUUCUAGCUCAGCUCCCUCCUAUGCUGCAAUAUAUCGAGAAGCUUGGAUUGGAAAUGUCUUCACGAGACCCACACUGUCGACGUGUCACUGAAAAGUCGCAGUCUUUCUUUAGGGCUGAAUUCCGGAAGAAACUCAACGAUGUCUCAAGUGUGUUGGCUCAAGCGAAUGAAAGAAUCGAUUCGUGUCCUAACGAGAUGACUGCCGACCUGCUGGAUGAUAUCGAACGGUCUUUGUUCUUUUAG